AUGGAUCCUACGAAUAAUUAUUCGACACGCGAAAAUACUGAACAAAGUGCUUUGAGUUCAGAACAUCGACAUAGGUUAAAGUUAACGUUCGACAGAGGUCAGGUGAUAUCGAAAGAUGAACUUGAUCGUAUUCGUUUAAAUACUGGUGAAUUCAUCUCGAUAAACUCCUUUCUGUCCUCAACUCGUAGUCAGAGGAAGGCACUUGAAUUUGCCGAAAGUGCUCUGUGCCAAGAUCUUGAAUGUGUUCUCUUCAAAAUUAAAGUCGACAGUCGAAUAAAAGCAAAACCAUUUGCUGAUAUUUCUCGACUGAGUUAUUUCCCUGAUGAGGAAGAAAUCCUACUUAUGCUUGGUUCGAUCUUUCGACUUGAAAGUGUUCAUUAUGACAAAGAACAGCAAAUCUGGAUGGCUGAUUUAGAUUUAUGCAACGAAGAUGACCAUGAAUUGAAACAAGUGUUUGAUCAUAUGAAGAAGGAGAUGGCAAGUAAAACUACUUUCAUUUCACUUGGAAAUUUGUUAUCAAAGAUGGGUAGAUUGGACAAGGCCGAAAAAUAUUAUAAACGAUUGUUAAAUGAGCUGGCAGUGAGUGAUCCUUAUAUUGCUGACUGUUACAUAGGAUUGGGCAUUGUUGCUGGACAGAAAGGUGAAUAUGAUUUAGCUUUGAUGAAUUAUGAAAAAGCAUUGAAAAUCAGAGUAAAAGCUCUUCCACUCGAUCACCCUCAUAUCGCCUUCACACACCGUAAUAUGGGACUCGCGCAUGACGCAACCCGUACUUGA